AUGGAUCUGGCGCUCAUGGAAUCUUGCAAGAGUGCCAAGGAGCUCCGCGCCAUUGUCUCGCCGGAGCUCCUUCGCUCCAGCGCCUUCAUCGCCAACAAGGUGAUCGAGACUUACAUUGCGUGUGGCAGCCUCGACCACGCCCGGGAGGCUUUCGACACGAUCGUGGGCAGCGGCGGCGCGGAUUGCUGCUCAUGGGUGCUGAUGCUCUCUGCGUACUCGCGGCACGGAGAUCUUGUUCGCGCCAAAGCUCUCUUCGAUUCCAUGCCCGACCGGAACGUUGUGGCCUGGACUGCCAUGCUCGCUGCAUAUGCCCGACAUGGGCAUCUUGAUAAAGCUCAGGAUGUGUAUGACCGGAUGCCUGAGUGGGAUCAGGUGGUCAUCAAUGCCAUGCUAACAGCCUACGCUCAAAAUGGUCGCGUUACCGAGGCUAAAGAGUUUUUCGAUUUGCUGCCACAGCGAAACUUGGUAACGUGGAACGCCAUGCUAGCAGUACUUGCCCAAACCCGACAUUCCGUAGAGUUGUUUGAUCGAAUGCCGGAGUGGAAUGUGGUGACGUUCACGGCAAUUCUGGGAGCAUUUGCAAGAAAUGGAAAACUAGAGGAAGCAAAGGCUGUGUUUGAUCGGAUGGAUCAGCACAAUCUUGUCACCACCGUGGCUAUGAUCGGAGCUUAUGCCCAAAAUGGGCAUUUGGAGGACGCAAAGCUACUGUUCGAUGGUAUGCCACAAAGAAAUCUCUUUGCAUGGGCAGCCAUGGUGAGCGCUCUUGUAAACAGGGGAUCUCUGAGAGAAGCUCUGUCACUCUACGAGUCCAUGCCCGAGUGGAAUCUGGUGGUGUCGAACUCGAUGUUGGGACUGUUCGGACAAAACGGCCGAGUGGACGAUAGCAAGCUCUUGUUCGAUCGAAUGCGGCAGAGGGAUCUAAUCUCAUGGAACGCUCUCCUCUCGGGCUACGUCGACAGCAAUCGCCUACACGAAGCCGGGGAGCUGUUCUAUCGAAUGCCCGAGAGGAACAUCGUCUCGGCGACCACGAUUCUCACAGCCUAUUCCCAAAUCCCAGGAGCAAAGCUCCACCAACUUGAAGAAGCCGCGGGGGUGUUCCAGUCCAUUCCCGAGCAUGAUCUUGUGCUCUCUACCGCCAUGAUGGCCGCAUUCUCUCGCGCUGGACGAUUGCAUGACGCGAAGAGAAUGUUUGAUGCUCUCCCGGAGCACGAUCUUGUGUGCUCCAACUCGAUGCUAUCGGCGUAUGCUCAGAACGGGCAUGUCACCGAAGCCAGGCUCCUUUUUUCCAACAUGCCCGAGCGGGACAGCGUCUCCUGGAACGCAAUGCUCACGGCUUACGCUCACAACUGUGAUCCCGGCAGCGCCAACCUCAUCUUUGAGACUCUGCCAGAUCGAGAAAUGGUGGCCUGGGCCGCUGUUCUUGCGGCCAACGCUCACAAUGGCCGCUACCGCGAAGCCAUCGACGUGUUUGGAGAGAUGAAGCUGCUGGAUAUGGUGGACGAGGUGUGCUUCGUCUCGGCCUUGAUCGCUUGCAGUCGUCGAGGAAAAGCCGAGGAUGGGCGAUGCUGCCUCGUUUCGAUGAUCGGUGACUUUGGGCUGCGAGGGACCAAGCAGCACUACAGCUGCAUGGUGGACGCGCUCGCUCGGUCCGGCCGGUUGCGAGACUCGGAGGAGCUCAUCGCGAGCAUGCCUUUCGUCCCGGACGCGUCCGUGUGGACGAGCUUCCUCCAAGCGUGCCGGGAGAGCAAAGUCAUGGAUCGUGGAGCUGCUCGAGCGUCACAGUUGGUUCUCGAGAUUGAGGCCGCGAGCUCAGUCGGGUACGUCCUGCUGAGGAACGUCUACUUGGGCUGA